AUGAAGGCUGUGGCUCUCGCUGCAUCCGCAUCCUCGCCCAAAGAGUCUCGGCACCGUAUAGUAGAGGCAGGGUUGACCCUGUGCACUCUUCUGCGCCCGUGGUUGCCUCUCUCAACUUCCACGCGGGAGACGUGCGCAAUGGAGGCGACGCUGUGCCUCGUUACACUCGCACUACAGCAGCGUGCGCGCCUGAGCGAGAAGGGCGGCGCUCGAACUGCCGUGAGACCGUCCUCGGUGCCUCUCCACGAUCUCGUUCACGCUGUGCUCGUCGACGUUCUACAUCAUCAGCAGUCUGUGCGACUGUCGGGACGGGGUAUCGCGCUCCUCGGCAUCAUCUACAACCAGUUGAGCCUCUUGGAGGGGGCGAAGGGCGGAGUGCACCGCCUAGUGCGUGACCGCCGCAACUCUCACACGGUGCCGCGCGUGGAUUCGAGCCUGUUGCUGUGGCGAAUUCUCAGUGUGUUGAGCACGUUGUCUGAGAAAGAUGCGGCAGAGGUGCGUGAUGCAUGGAUGGCAGAGUGCGAGGCCGGUGUGAGUGCUGGCGAAUCGAGCAUGGCCGAGCAUGAACCUGCACAAGUGCUUGACAUGGAUGUUCCUACAUCUUUUGCGAAGAAGGGCAGGCUGCGCACAGAGAAUGGCAAUCCAAGCACCGCUAUGCGCAACGGCGCUCACGUGAUCGAGAUGCUCUACCGUGGAGCGUUGCAGGUUCUUGGCGAAGGCGGCAGCGGUCAUGGGGCCACGGAGGAGAGCGGGCGUUGGAAGUCGCCCCUGCUACUUGCAGCAACCCGGCUGCGGGCAUGGUUGGCCAGUGAAGAGGUGCCGGCUGGAUGUCGAGGUUCGAUAACUGCGCACAGAAGCGACUCAGCAGCAGCAGGGGCGACGCUGCAUGCAUCUAUGGCUUCCACGCCAGUCGUUCCGCAGCUCUGUGUCUUGGAGGAAGCCCUGUGUAGCAUGCUGGUCGGGGUAGGCGAAAGGCCCAGUGCUGCGCGCAGCAGCCGUGGAGAAGACGGCGGCUCUACUAGUGGAGGGAAACAAGGCACUCUGGCAAUACGCCGCGACUGGCUUGCGUGUCUUCGCGUGUAUAGCCUCUACACAACUCUGAAGCGCACGUGCUCAGCACCUCUGUGGAAAGGGCCGCAGCGUUGCCUGCAGAAACACGUGCAAAACGGCGACGGUGGCAGCCCUCGUCACGACAACGGUCGAAGUUGUCGUGACUGUAGCAGCGCCAACGUUGGCGAUGUCGCAGCGCUUGUUCUGGAACUCACGACAGUGGCAGCGCUCUCGGCGGCAGAGGUGGCGCCGCACUUGCGGCGCUCCGGCGCCGUCUCAGACGCGCGUCAACUCGCUCUUCUCUCAAGUUUUGUGCGCUGCUGCGACUCUCUCGGCAUGCCGCUGCCCAGCCUUCCACCUCCACCAGGACUCCAGCAGUGGGGGCGGGAGCGCGCAUCGGCAGCACCAGUGAUGACGCAAGGUGCCGCACCUGGCGGCACUGUGCUUGGAUGUGUUGAUGUCGAUGCGCACGAGGCAGUGCGCCAUCUCGCAGCGCGACUUCUUUCUGGAGCGGAUGUACCGCCUUCAGCGCCGUCUACCGAAACGCUCUUCCACGACUGGCGUGCCGUGCUGACCCCACUGCAGGCGCUGCGACGCGUAACUUCAGCCUUUGCGGCCCCAGAAACAAGUGGGCACAAAGCUGGUGGUGGUGGUGCGACAGCGCACGGAAGCGUGUGGCUCUUCAGCACCUCCUCUGCAGGGCUGCAGUGGGCACGCAAGUGCCGAGGCAAUUUGUCAUCGACCACGUCGGCGACGUGCCUCGAGGCACCAAGUAGCGAUGCUGACAACGGUGACUGCGAGGCUACGCAGCGCAAUGGUCAUCAGCUGCCGCAGAGUCAAAGCUGCCAUUGCCACUACGAUCGACUUCUCCAGGGUAUUUUCUACGCCACACUGCGUCUCCUUUGGCGCACAGAGCACCUCUCCAAGCUCCCCCCGCAGGUUCUGCUAAAGGAGUUGCUACACCCCCUAGCAGAGCUGGAGCGCGCCGCAGCGGCGACGUUGACGAGCCUCUGCACCGAAACGGAGAUGGCACAGCGCGCAGCACAGUCGACUGGGCACGACAACGAUGACAUGUCCGCUGAAGUACUCCGGAAGAUAUUCAAUCGACUCGCCGUACUCACUCACGUGGCUCAUCGGCUUCCAACACACCCGAUGCUGAGAGCGUCAGCGGCCGACGCUGGGGCACGUGGUGGCGGCGGCGGCACAGGGGCUGGCUGGACCACGGCGUUGAUCGUCUUCAAACUGCUCACGCAGAUAGAGGAGGCGCUCUACACGCAAUGUGGAAGGCCUCAAGGGGACAGCAGAGGUGCUGAGUCCACGGCACGUACCAACGCAGCUUUUGCUUCACCCUCGCAGGUGUUCGCAGCCCGAUACGCCGACGUGCUCGCGCAGCGCGGGACGGGCGUCUCCGACUAUCUUUCCUUUCUACUCAUCGUCUCGUGCCACUUUCACCAGCUGCCCCCAGCGCACGAGGACGCCGCUCCUAAAGAGUCAGAGUUUGACGAGGAACGCAAGCGGCUACUGCGACACGCGCAGCUGCGUCACGCCGUUGCGCUUGCCGCUCCGCCAUCUGCUGUCGGUGCGGUGAUGGAGCUCUUUCAACCAACGCCCAUGGCACAACGCCUUAGUGCCACGGCGGCUGACCCGCGUCUAUCCAUCUCUAUCGCUGCAGGAUUGACUACUACGUUGAGCAGCAACAUAAACAAGCAGCUGCCGGACGCAUCCAGUGUGGAAAGCCCCAGCGGUGAAGUGGGCGGUCUUCUACAGGUCCUAACACCCGACGAGGCGGCCCUCUUGCAGCGCCUGCAUCACCUCUUGCAGGCGACACUGCCACUGAGGUGCCGAGGCAUCAAGUGA